AUGGACACCGGCUACCUGUCCCAGCAGGUCAACACCAUCAUCGGCCAGCUGCACGGCCUGUUCGACGAGAUCGGCGUUCCCAAUCAUGAUCGCGAAAAGCGCGAGGAACACCUCUUCGAGGCCCUUUCCAAGGCCCUGACCGACCAGGUCCGCCUAGUGACGAGCGAGAAGGAAGACAUGGUCGAGGAGGCCAGCCGCAUCAUCACAACCAUCCAGCAAAUGGAGGCGUCACUUGACGAUAACCGCACCCACCGCGAUCGCCACGACGACCUCCAGAUCACAUAUCCAUUGACGCGUUGUUUGCAAUCGCUCAAGGAGAGGCACAAGCAAGUUGCCCGUUCCCACAAGGAGCGAUUCGAGCAGGUCAAGAAACUCGUCGAAGCGCUGGAAUCAUACUCGUCCCACCUCGAGGCCACCUUUGUCCAGAUCCCCCUGCCCCCGACCGGCCCGAACCAGUCCAUCCCGCCCAACUUCGACCUGUCGCCGUCGUACGUGGACAAGCUCGACCACGAGUUUACGAGAGUCUAUGAAGAGUACACCCGUCGCGUCGCAACGGUUAAGGCCCUUUGCGAGCACAUCAUUCAGCUCUGGGCCGAGUUGGGCACUCCCCAAGCCCAGACCGACGGCGCCAUCGUCAAGUAUUACCGCGAUUCGCCCGAACAGCUGGGCCUGCACCAGGAGGACAUUGAGCGCCUCAGGGCGAAGCGCGACAAGCUGUCGGACGAGAAGAAGAACCGCGAGAAGCGUCUGAGGGAGCUGCGAGCGGCGGUCGAGGCCCUCUGGGAAAAGCUCGAGGUCGACAUGGGCGAGAGGAAGGCGUUCCUCAACAGCAACCGCGGCUGCGGCGUCAGGCAGAUCAACGAAUUCGAGGACGAGCUGAACCGGCUAAACGAGCUGAAGCGACAGAACCUGCACCUCUUCGUCGAGGACGCCCGCUACAAGCUGCAGGAGCUGUGGGACGCGCUGUACCUGUCGGAAGACGAGAUGCUCGAGUUCACGCCCGCAUUUUCCGACGUGUACAGCGACGCCCUCCUGGAAGCCCAUGAGCGCGAGAUCCAGAGACUGGAAGCCCUCAAGGAACAGCGCGCGCCGACGCUCGAGCUCGUCGACCGACACAAGAGCCUCACGCACGAGCGCAAUGAGCUUGCGGCCUCCAGCCAGGAUGCGUCUCGCCUCAUGCUGCGAGGCCAAAAGGGAGAGAAGCGCGACCCCGGCAAGCUCCUCAGAGAAGAAAAAAUGCGCAAGCGCAUCGCCAAGGAGCUCCCCAAGAUCACUGUCGACUUACGCAGGGUCCUCGAGCAAUUCGAGGACGAGUUUGGCCGUCCGUUCCUCGUCCACGGCGAGCGGUACCUGGAUGUCAUUGAGGCCGAAGACAGACCGGCGCCCGGCCCGCGAUCCAAGACGCCUGGCGCCGGAGCGGCGGCGCCGGCAUCGAUGACCAGACCCAAGGGACACGCCAGAGCCAACAGCACAGCAGGCAGCACAACAGGCAUCGCGAGACCGCCCACCCGCAACGGAGCCAGGACGCCGGCUCCUGCGCCAUCGGUCAAGCGCAACACCAACAACAUGAACAGCGCAGUUCAGCCCAGACCCCUUUCCGCUCACGCGAAAUCCCAGGAGAUCCUCCGGCCGGGCUCGGCUAUGGGCACCGUCAGGGAGCGGGCGCAGACCCUGAACCGGCCGCCGGGCAGCCCCUCUCGGAUUCCUGCACGUCCGCCCUUGACGAACCUCAAGUACGGCACCAAUUCGCCCGAGCGGCAGCUGGACAGACCGGCAUCGAGAAUGGAUGGAUACGCAACGAUUCGGGGCGGAGCGCCAAUGCGCGCACCACCUCCCAAGAUGCGGGAUCUCAACAUGGUGGAGCUCGAGACGCCGGUGAACCCAUACAAGAUGGCAGGUCUGGGCGGAAGCAUCGUGCGCCAGGUCGAGCUGGAAGACCCCUACGAUGAGGACUGCCAGCAGCCGGGCCUCAUGAGGGCCAACUCGACGCUUUCGCACACAUCGCAUGCGUCGCAUGCAUCGCACGCGUCGUACGCAUCGCAGAGCUCUCACCACUCUGUUGGGUCCUCCCAGCACGACUACCACUCUUCGACUCUCCGCCAGUACCCGCCCUCUUCCUACUCUCAAGCACCACCGCCGCGGCAGAUUUCCAACUCGUCCAAUGGAUCCAGUAACGUGACGGGCUCGGAGAACUGGGAGACGUACGACGACGCCAGCGAGCCGGAGCAGGAUGCCACAGACACAUACUACGCCAAGGUGCGGGCGGCGCGCGGCACGCGGUUCGAACCCGAAGCGGCAUCUCGGCCGGCAGCCAACGACGCCAAAAGGCCACCACGGCCGUUCCCAAUGAUGGCGCCUCCGGGGCAUGUGUACAGCGACGGCGAGGGCAACCGCAUCAUCUCGGGUAGUGAGUGGACGGACGAAGACGGGUACUAA